ACUGGCUAAAGUUUUUCUGACCGCAGUCCUCGACCUCCGUCGGAAAUGGGGAACGUGCAGUCGGAGCCAUCCGCGGGCGGGGGCUCCCGAAAAGAACAGGCCUCGGAUCGCGCCUCUGACUCCCGCCGGACGUCCCUGGUGGAGCCCGAGGUGACCCCCUCCUCCCCGGCCAUGCGCCUGGCUCGAGGGCUGGGUGUCUGGUUCCCUGGCAGCUCCGCGCCCCCGGGACUCCUGGUACCCCCGGAGCCCCAGGCCUCACCCUCACCCCUGCCCCUGACCUUAGAACUGCCCUUGCCAGUGACGCCCCCUCCAGAGGAGGCGGCUGCAGCCGCAGUCUCCACACCACCCCCACCCCCAGUGGGGACCCUGCUGCCCGCGCCGUCUAAGUGGCGAAAACCCACGGGCACUGCGGUGCCCCGGGUCCGCGGCCUGUUGGAGGCGAGCCAUCGCGGACAGGGCGACCCUCCGAGCCUCCGCCCGCUGCCACCGCUGCCCAAGCAACUAACUGAAAAGGACCCUGUCCCGAGAGCCCCAGCCCCUCCUCCUCCGACGCCCCUGGAGCCACGAAAGCCACCACCACUGCCACCUUCAGACCGGCAGCCCCCAAACCGCAGAAUCACUCCAGCUCUGGCCACAUCUGCCACAAGCCCCACAGAAAGCCAGGCCAGGCACAUCGGCGAGGGUCAGACGGCCGGUGGGGCCCGCGGAGGGGCUCCUCCCCAAGCGGGCGAAGGCGAAAUGGCUGAAAUGGCUCGGUCUGCGGCUUCCGAGUCCGGCCUGAGCCUGCUAUGUAAAGUCACCUUCAAGUCCGCACCCCCUUUGUGCCCUGCGGCAGCCUCGGGUCCCUUAGCUACCAAAGCCUCGCUCGGGGGCGGUGGAGGCGGAGGACUCUUCGCUGCUUCAGGUGCCAUCUCUUACGCUGAGGUCCUGAAACAGGGACCCCUCCCACCUGGAGCUGCUCGUACCCUGGGAGAGGUCCCUCUUCCGGCACAGGAAACGGAGGGAGGGAAUGGAGACGGCGAAGGGUGUUCUGGUCCCCCUGCGGCGCCUGCGUCCCACGCCCGGGCCCUACCCCCGCCCCCCUACACCACAUUCCCAGGCUCAAAGCCCAAAUUCGACUGGGUUAGCCCUCCCGAUGGCCCUGAACGCCACUUUCGCUUCAACGGGGCUGGCGGAGGUGUUGGGGCUCCCAGACGGCGCGCGGCUGCGCUCUCUGGACCGUGGGUUUCCCCUCCGCCACCACCAGGGCAGGCUCACCCAACUCCGGGUCCCCGGAGGCCCGCGCCUGCCCUGCUGGCGCCGCCUAUGUUCAUCUUCCCGGCGCCCACCAAUGGUGAGCCCGUGCGCCCUGGGCCACCGGGUCCACAGCAGUUGUUGCCGCGACCGCCACCGCCCACGCCACCAGCUACGCCGCCACCAGUGCCGCCACCCACACCGCAGCCUCCAGCGCUCCAGCCAACGCCGCUGCCGGUGGCCCGUCCAUCCACCCCAUGCUCUGGCCAUGUGGAGUCUGCCCUGGCUCCCGCCCCAGCCCCUGCGAUGCCCCCUGCCUUGGCUGGCGAACAGGCCCAGGCACCGGCCCAGGCCCCAUCCCCAGCUCCAGCUCCCAUCACCGCCGAACCUGCGCCCCCACCCAUCAAGGCUCGCACGCGCAGAAACAAGGGUCCCCGCGCGGCCCGUGGAGUGACCCAUGAGGAAGGCGCCCCUGGAGAUGGUCCUCGCGAACGGACUGCAGCUACCGUGACUGACAGCGGCGGUGGAGGGGGUGGUGGCAGUGGGGCCCCUACAGCUGGGGCAGCUAGCUCGGGUGCCACGCGCCACUGGCCGCCCUUCCAGGUGCUUCACUCUUGUCCCUGCAAGUGUUACUGCCGCCACCAGCCGCGUCAUCGCAGACUGCCCCGCAACGUGUCUGCCUGGCUGAGCACACCCACCAACCACCUGAGCGAGCCACCCUGGGUGGCCACCAUCAAGCUCGCUGGCUCCCUGGUAGCUGGGCUGGAGCACUAUGACUUGCAGGCCACCCAUCCCAACUGA